AUGAUUAGAAAAUGGCAAACAUUAAUCGAAUGCAGAGUUGAUUGCAAAACUUUAGACGGAUACAUUAUUAGAGUUUUUAAUAUUGACUUCACAAAAAAAACUACUAGCUACAAUUCGUCAUCUUUAACUACUUAUUCUAAACUAUCUCAAGUAAGAGCUAUUAGAAAAAAAAUUAAUACUUCUAUUACUAAUGAAUUGUAAAAACUAAUAUUUCUGAAUUCUGAAUUGACUAAAAAAUUAAUUUCUGAUGAUUACUUACAUGUUAUGGAAAAACAAAAUCAAAAUUAUUUCCACUCUUGGAGAUAUUACUAUUAAAAAAGUCAAAUUAUUUUUAAAAAAGCUGCUUAAUUGUAUACUCAUGAUAAAAAAGGAGAUAAAGCUACAGAAAGAUAUGGUACUCCCAAAGAUCCUCAUGCUAAGAAUUUAAUAAAAAAAUUAUAAUUAAUGUCAUAAUCAUAUUUUCCUUGGGAAUAAAAUAAAUAAAAUAAACUCUUAAAAAAAAGUGAAGUUGGUAAAGGUAAACAAUCAACAUAUAAUUUGCCACCAAUUACUCAUACUUACGGAAAACCUCCUCGUAGAGAUAGUGAAAAUGCAAAAGAUGUUACAAUGUCCUGGCAAUAUCAUUAAUAAACUAAAGAUUAAGAACCCCCGAGAGACUUUAUAAGGUUAAACAAAAAUUGUGUUAAGGAAAGUUUUAUUUCUCCUAAAGAUAUUAAAGAAUAUAGAUAAUAACAUUAAGAAAUUAAAAAAAUUAUAAACAAAGGAAAAAAAGGAGUAGAAUUGUUUCUACCUUCAGAUGAUUUUAGAUAUGGAAUAAAAAAUAAACCGUCAACACCGAUGAAUUAAAUUAUUGAAUUACAUUAUGCAAGUUAAUAAGAAUAAUAGAUUCAUGAAUUUUAUAAAAAAUAAUAUGAUGAAAAAGUUUAAAAAAAAAAAAAUCGUAACUAUAAUUCAAGCUAAAUAAGAGGAUCUGUAGAACUAAAAGUAAAUAAAAAUGUAGAAAUUAAUAAUUCUGUAGAGAACUUUAAACUUGAAAGAUUCAAAAAUAUUCAACCUAAAAUAAAUUCUAGACCCGAAAAUUUAUUAUCACAUAAUAAACAUUAAAAAGAUAAAAAACCAAUAGUAAUAUUCAUAUUAGGAGGUCCUGGAUGCGGAAAAGGAACAUAAUGCGAAAAAAUAGUUUAAAAUUAUAAUUUUGUGCAUUUAUCAGCAGGUGAUUUGUUAAGAGAAGAAAUGGAAACAGGAAGUAAAAAUGCAAAACUAAUAGAUAGCUAUAUAAAGGAAGGGAAAAUAGUUCCAAAAGAAAUUAUUGUUAAUUUAAUUAAAUAAGCUAUGGAAAAACAUGGAUGGGAAAAAAACAAAUAUUUAAUAGAUGGAUAUCCUAGAAGUUAAGAUAAUGUUGAUGGAUGGAAUGCUAUAAUGGGGGAUAUUGUAGAUUUUAAAUUUAUUCUUUUCUUUGAUUGCAGUGAAGAGACUAUGGCUAAAAGAGUCAUGAAAAGAGCAUAAGGUUCAGGAAGAAGUGAUGACAAUAUUGAAUCUUUAAAGAAAAGAUUUAAAACUUAUUAAGAAUCAACUAAACCUAUCGUUGAUAUGUAUAAAAAAUUAAAUAAAAUUAUCAUUGCUAACGCAGAAGGAAGUCCUGAUUAAGUUUAUUCGUAAAUAAAACCUGUUUUUGAAAGAGAAUUUGGUUCUAUAAAAAAACCUUAAAUAGUAUUUGUUUUAGGAGGUCCUGGAUGCGGAAAAGGAACUUAAUGCGAAAAAAUAGUUUAAAAUUAUAAUUUUGUGCAUUUAUCAGCAGGCGAUUUGUUAAGAGAAGAAAUGGAAACAGGAAGUAAAAAUGCAAAACUAAUAGAUAGCUAUAUAAAGGAAGGGAAAAUAGUUCCAAAAGAAAUUAUUGUUAAUUUAAUUAAAUAAGCUAUGGAAAAACAUGGAUGGGAAAAAAACAAAUAUUUAAUAGAUGGAUAUCCUAGAAGUUAAGAUAAUGUUGAUGGAUGGAAUGCUAUAAUGGGGGAUAUUGUAGAUUUUAAAUUUAUUCUUUUCUUUGAUUGCAGUGAAGAGACUAUGGCUAAAAGAGUCAUGAAAAGAGCAUAAGGUUCAGGAAGAAGUGAUGACAAUAUUGAAUCUUUAAAGAAAAGAUUUAAAACUUAUUAAGAAUCAACUAAACCUAUUAUAGAAUUUUAUAGAAAACAAAAUAAAGUUAUUAUGGUUGAUGCUGAAUGUCCACCUGAUUAAGUUUUUAAAUAUAUUUAACCUAUUUUUGAAUAAAUUUGA